AAGCAACGCUACUGAUAUUUGUACCUCAGCCUAUAUAACGUUUGACCUUACUUCGCCUGCUCUCUGAUGCUUGCUGCGCGUGCACAUACGCUCCGGACUGGCCGGACCUGCGUGAAUCGCCGCUCCACCUCCAACAUUAUUACUCGUGUUGCGACGCUUGAGCGCUCGAGUGCCACAAUGAGCGUAGACAUCCCUCACCAGCCCCUCUCGGUGUCCGUCGGUCUGAUUGGGCCGGGACUCAUUGGCAAGGCGUUGCUCCGGCAAAUUGAGCAGCAGGCCGGCAAGCUCCUGACGCCGCUGCACGCGGACAAGUUCAACGUGGUGGCGGUGGCCAACAGCCGGCAAAUGCUGCUGCGGCCCGAGGGCAUCAACUUGGCCACCUGGGAGGCCGACCUCGCGGAGAAGGGUGAGCCACUGGAUCUGGACCGGUACGCGGCCUGCCUGGCCUCCGCGUCUGGCCCCCUGCCCGCCAGCCUGCCCGGCCCCUCCUGCUCCGUGCUGGUUGACUGCACCGCCAGCGACGCCGUCAGCGGCCGCUACGCCGACUUCAUGCGCCAGGGGCUGCAUAUUGUCACGCCUAACAAGAAGUUCGGAGCGGGCCCACUGAAGCAAUACCACGAGCUGCGCGAUCUGUCGGAGCGCCACCGCCGCCGGUUCAUGUACGAGGCCACAGUGGGCGCGGGCCUGCCGAUCAUCAGCACGCUGCACGGGCUCCUUGAGACCGGCGACAAAAUCAUCAAGAUCGAGGGCAUCCUGUCCGGCACCCUGUCCUACAUCUUCAACACCUACAAGCCCGGCAUGAAGUUCAGCGAGGUGGUGGCAGACGCAAAGGCCAAGGGCUACACGGAGCCCGACCCGCGCGACGACCUGAGCGGCCUGGACGUGGCUCGUAAGGUGGUGAUCCUGGCUCGCGAGUGCGGCAUGGAGGUGGAGCUCGAGAGCAUGGCUGUGGAGAGCCUGGUGCCGGCGCAGCUGCAGGGCGAGGGCGUCAGCGCCGCGCAGUACAUGGAGGCACUGCCGCAGCACGACGGCGCUAUGGCCUCCAAGGCGGCUGAGGCGGACGCGGCGGGCGGCGUGGUGCGCUACGUGGGCUGCGUGGACGCGGAGAACGGCAACGCCUCCGUCACGCUUCGUACCUACCCGGCCGGCCACCCCUUCGCGCAGCUAUCUGGGUCUGAUAACAUCGUCGUCUUCACCACCGAGCGCUACAAGGACCGGCCACUGAUUGUGCGGGGGCCUGGCGCGGGCGCUGACGUGACGGCGGCCGGCGUGUUUGUGGACCUCUUGCAGGUCAUCCGCUCCCACCCUCGCGCGUAAAGCAGCCGCGAUUUAGUCAAGGGGCUUCUAUGAGAAGAAUGAGGGGAUGUUAGCAGCUAAGGUGAAUCAUGGAGCGAAGAGUUUGUGUGGGGCUCGCAGGUUUCAGUGAUAACGAGGUUGUCGUCGAAGACCGGCAAAUACAGUCGCAGACAAUUGGUAAAGGGACAGCGGUAUCGUGCAAGCAACUGUUAUGGUGACGCUAGUGGCAAUCGACGUUGGCGCAUGUGCAUAUUCGAUUGGCAUCAUGGGCCGCGGUGACUGCACGGGCGCUGGGUGCAGGUACUCGGAGGCGUUGCAGAGCGGCCUGCUGCCGUCCAUACCGUACAUGGGCGAGACAUGGAUCGAAUCGGGCAUUCGGGCCGCCAGUAUUAUGGUGGAAUCAUUCCGGGUGGGAGAGUGUGACCAAGAUCGUGUCUGAUUGGCACGAUACGGCAUGUAAUUCAAUUUUACA